GUAGCGAAAACGUGCAGAAAGCGGUAAGUCGGAUUUUGGAUAUAUUCGAAGAGCGUCAGAUCUACUCGAAAUCUCAGUUGGCUGAUAUGCGCGCCGCACAGAGUGACAGUAAUGAGAUGGAAGAUAAUUCGUUACUCGAUUUUGAUACUGGCUGCCUUAUCCGCGACAUCGAAGGCUAUCACAAAGGGAAUUUGGUGAUGGAACGUGCCAGAGAGCUAUUGUCAAGGAGCGAUUUCAACUUCAGAGACAAAAUUAAGAGCCGAAUGAAAGAAAUUGAACGCGCCAAACGAUCGUUUGCCCUACAACUCCGGGAUGCUACCGUUGUGGAAGAUGCAUACCAGAAAUUUGGUGCCGGUAUUGAUGAAGUUCGUGCGGAAGUGGAAGAAAUGCUGAAGUCGGGCUUCUAUCCAGGUGCUUCGCCACCACGAGACGCUCCUUCGCCUACAGCUAAUGAUGAUCCGUUCAAAAUGAAACGAUCGCAGAGUAUCAGUGGUGCCCUGCCAUUGCCAGACUUGAAGUCGCUCAAGGAAGAAGCAGCAGCAGCAGCCGUCACUGCUAGUAAAUUAUUAGUAAUUUAUACAUUUUUUUGGCACUGUAACAAAAAUCCAUCAAAGCUAGUGUUGUUGAUGCUGUAGAG